UAACCCACCCCUAAGGCCCUAACAGUAGAAGUGCAGAACUGUAUAAGUAGCUUAGCCGGCACGGCAACGAGGAGUUUCAUACUUCUAUAGUUCUAUUCAAUUAAUUGGGGCGUGAACCUAAUCGCUUCCCUCUCAGAAAAACGAGGAUUUGCAGUUUUGCAUCAAAUACAAAGAGAAGUCGGAGAGGAUAACCAAAAAUGCCGUAUUCUAGAGGAAGAUACGAUAGUAAUGGCGAAGGGUUCGACAACAACAAUGUGCAACCACAACAGAAGGAUGGAAGUCUUGGCGGUCCAGACGGUUAUAGCGACUCUAAAUCCCUACAUAGAACCCAUGAUAAUGGCUGGGAAUAUUUAAGAAGCAAGGAAAUGAAAAAAAUUAAUGGGAGGGAUAAAGAGAGGUACAGGGACAGGGAGCGGGAAAGGGAAAAGAAAUUUAACAGAGAUUCUGAUCGCCACUGUGUAGACCACAACAGGAAACAGAGGGACAGCAAGCACUGUGUUCAAGACAAAGAUGAUGAUUAUGAUCGUCACCAGAGCCGAGAUUAUGUAAGGCAUAGAGACUAUGAUCGGGAUGUGGAAGGGUGGCACAAGUGGAAUAUAUCUCGAUCUUGGUCCAGGGGUAGAUCUCAUCAUAGAUCAAGAUCUCAAUCUCCUUCUCAGUCAAGAUCAAAGAGCAAGCGGGUGAGUGGUUUCGAUGUGGCACCUCCAACAACUGCAUUGAUCCCAGGAACUUCUGCUACAGGUCAAUUGACUUGGGCAAUUCCAACCGCUCCUGCAAUGUUUCCGAAUGUGUUAGAGUUUACUGGACAGUUUGGAAACCCACUCUUGAUGCAUCCUCUGGCAAUGACUCCGCAGGCGACAAGACACGCUCAGCGGGUUUAUGUUGGUGGCCUUCCUUCAACUGUGAAUGAACAGUCAGUGGCAACCUUUUUCAGCCUUGCUAUGGCUUCUAUUGGGGGAAACUCUGCUGCACCAGGAGAUUCUGUUGUCAAUGUAUACAUCAACCAUGAGAAGAUGUUUGCUUUUGUAGAAAUGAGGUCUGUUGAGGAGGCCAGUAAUGCAAUGGCCUUGAAUGGUAUUCUUUUUGAGGGGAAACGAGUGAAGGUGAGUAGGCCAAGUGAUUACAACCCUAAUAUUGCUGCAGCCCUUGGGCCUAGUCAGCCCAAUCCCAAUCUGAACUUAGCUGCUGUUGGAUUAGCAUCUAGAUCUUCUGAAGGACUUGAGGGUCCCGAUUGCAUCUUUGUGGGUGGGAUUCCACACCAUAUCACGGAAGCACAGAUGAGGGAGCUUCUAGAAUCCUAUGGGCCUCUGUGUUGUUUUGAUCUUGUUAAAGACAGGGAAACGGGGAACUCUAAAGGCUAUGCAUUUUGCAUUUACCAGGAUCUGUCGGUCACAGAUAAUGCUUGCAAAUAUCUCAAUGGCCUAAGAUUGGGAGAUAAAACUCUUACCGUUAGGCGUGCAGACCAGGGUUCCUCACAGCCCAAACCUGAGCAGGAAAGCAUAUUCAUACAGGCUCAGCAGCAGAUGCUUGCUUUCCAAGGUGCUAUACUACCUGCCAAGGCUACCAAGUUUGUGUGUUUAACUCAGGCAGUCAGUGCAGAUGAACUAAAAGAUGACAAGGAGUUUGAAAACAUAUUGGAAGAAAUGAAAACAGAAGGCGUAAAAUAUGGAAAACUGGUGAAUGUUGUCAUUCCUCUUCCAGGACUGAACAGCGAGUUAUCUACAGGGGUUGGGAAGGUGUUCUUGGAGUACGCUGAUUUAGGAGGAGCCAUGAAAGCCCGGACAUGCUUGAAUGGAAGGAAAUUUGAUGGGAGUGUGGUCAUGGCAGACUUUUUUCCGGAGAACCGCUAUGUGGAGGGAGAUUAUGGCGGCUAGUUGCUUUAUGAAUUUCUGUACUUGCCAUUUUAAACUCACUUUUCGUUCACCUCCUACUGUACUGUGAGAUAUGGUCCGAAUACAUCUAUCCUGGAAAAAGAAAUAGUCUGUAACUCUAUGCUGGAUUUUCUUUUUUGUGAGGUGUGGGUUGGUUUGGCUUAGAUAAGAACAUAAUUUUAACUGGUGAAAUAUAGGUGUGAUUCUGUUAGCCAGUUUUGAUAGUCUAUUAGUUGAACUGCAUUGUUUUUCAACAAAGAAUGUUGUUGAUCUGA